GUUGACUUUCUGAGUUAUACGGAAAAAACUUCGCAACCCUCUCCUUACACAUCUCUCUAAAGUAAUCUACCAACGAGUUCUUCGUUACCAUAGGUCCCUUCUUUAAGAUGGGAAAAGAAGAACGGCUUGAGACCACGGCAAUCGGUGCAAUAGGUGUCGGAUACAACACCUUCUACGGCACUGCCAUGAACAAUGUUAUCGAUCCUGCCACCAGUGGUCCCGUCCAAGGUGCCUUUGAGCCGCUGGUUCAUAUCUGCACUUCAAGGCAGGAUGUCAUGAAUGCACUAAACAUCGACGCUUCUGUUUCAGUCAAUAGCCCUUGGGGAUCUUUCGACGAUAGAUUUAAAUUCAUGAGUCUCCUACAGAUAACCACCACUACUGUGGUCAUUUUGGUCGAGGCCACACUGAGAACCACUACCACUGUCACUGGAGCCACGUUCAAUGACUCUUUUAAAGAUUCCCAAACGCUCUACAAACAAGGCGGAGAUUCGUACGUUUCAUCAAUCACUUCCGGUGGGCAGUUCCUUGCUGCGUACAGUUUCCGUGCCUAUGAUGAGGAAACAUUCGAAUCAAUCGUCAAUUCUGCCGACGCAACAUUCUCUGGAUUUUCCACCCAGUUCAGUGCAAACUUUGACACAGAAAUACAAAGCAUCACGAACACAGCGAGUGUGGCGACCGACUUCAAUAUGAAAGCCAUUGGGUUCACGAAGACCCCUGUUCCUCAAACAGCGAAUGAACUUGUGCCCUUCGUACUAAACUUCAACACCGUUCCAAUGGACGCUCCCCAAGUCCUGGAGUUUGGCACCACAUGCUACACCGCCUUAGACGACUGCCCGCCAAACUUUUCCCAAAUCAACGCGUAUAAGCAACAAUACACAGAGUCGCCUUCCAUGCUCGUCGAUAUUGAUUAUAUGGCAGAAUCGAACCUGAACAUCAUCGCGAACAUUGCUAGUAUAUACGACAACUAUUCCAUGCGGUCUGCGGAUCCAGAUUUCUCCACCCAUGUGACGAACACCCAAGCGAUCCGGGACUCGAUCGCGACUUGGCGACGUAGUGUCGAUAAGGAUCCUACCAAUCCAAAUGUCCUAUUGCCAACUAUUGACCAGACUCAACUUGUGGUUCCGGUUGCGCAAUUCGCUCUGGUGCCAGCAUCUUCAAGUCGCGAGCCCCGUACUGGUGUUCCUUUCGGUGACCUACUUGAGAAAGAUAUUCCAAGGGGGGUGCUACCUUCCACGAUCUCUAUCCAGUCUGAUGAUAAUUGGGUCACCAAGCUGGCAACGACAUACACAACGAAAGAUCCAAAUGACCCACCGUUUGUAAAGACGAAUGGCCACGGAGAAACUGGAGGCCUCAAUCCAAUUAUACAACUGGGGCCGGGUGAGGUAGUUACUCAGAUAGGGGUCAGUUGGAGUACGUUCACGAACCUCGUCCAAAUCACAACGAACCGUCAGCCAACUAUCACCUACGGACCAGGUGUUAACCCAAUACAGACAUGGAGUCCUCCGCAAAAUGGUUGUUUCGUAGGAUGGGCCGGCAUGUGUGGGACUCUCGUCGACGCUCUGUGGCCUGUUUGGGCCGUAUUCUACCCGGCGUCUUGGGGUCCUAACCCGCCCGACAUCACUCACAGACUAAAAAAGGGUCUAUCUUACGCCCGGUCUAAGGGCAUGCCCACCCUAGACAAUAUCCUCGCCAUCAUUGGUGGAUGGGCAAUACCGAUGUAUCCCACCCUCCGCCAAAUCUACCCGCAGAAAGGUGGCUGGGAAGGUUGGAUGCAAGUGAACAUUGCUCUAGGCUUGACUCAAGGGUUCCCAGAUACGAAGACUUAUCGGGAGCAGUCCGUGUGGGACGGAAGUAACGAGCGCGUUGACCUCCUCCUGUUGUGUGACGGUGAACCAACACAGAUCGUCGAGUUGAAGUGCGAAUCAUUCUAUCAGGACAACGGAUCCGGCACGUUCAAGACCUUUGUUAGGGCCAUGAAAAAGGACGUAGCAAAGAUCGUGGUCAAUGGCGAUGCCCUCAAUCCUCUAUACAAGCCGGCCUUAUGCUUCGUCAUUGGUCUUACCAUGGUGGAUGAAGUAACGAACUACGCGCUGAACACGACAAGUUGGAUCCCUUAUCAGGACGCUAUUCGCCACACCAGGCUCAUUGAGGCUAGUGGGACCGGCCCAACAUAUGUGCCAGCACUAUGGCUUCACUACGUCGGCUAUUCUAUUACAGAUAAAGGUGUCCUCCAAGUCACCUAGAGCUUUACCAUCUCUUUUUACUUUAAAUACAAAAUAUGUUAAGAAAACAGGAUAUAGAUCAUAUCAUGCGACUAUAGUUAACUACGUGAUUAUUCUGUUGGAAGUUCAGGGGAAGGCCGUGGG